UAACUCACAAAGUAGCUUUCAAUUUCAAUCAUCGUCCCCACAGUCAACCUCUUCUAAUCACUCAAAUCAGUCGAAAGAAGAAAAUGAAUUUACUUAUCAGAAAUGGAAAAUCUGUUGUCAAUUUCGUGUGUUUCAUGCUAAUCGUCUUCGGAGGAUCGGUACAUAGCCGUGGGUUACUCUCCUCUCAGGAUAGACCGAAGCCUAGUAAUGCCGCACCGUUUGCUCGAUGGUUGGUUUCUCAGAGUUCUUGGGGCGUUUUAAGUACCAUUGCAGAGGAUCUAGGCGGAGCACCUUUCGGGAAUGUGGUUUCGUUUAGCGAUGGCUUACCUAAUGAAGGCAAAGGCAUUCCAUAUUUCUAUUUAACAUCUCUGGAUCCAACUGCACGUUAUGCAUUGAAAGAUCAUAGAUCUUCCUUCACACUCAGUGAAUACCCUCUUGGAACUUGUGGCAAAAUCGACCCUGAAGAACCCACUUGCUCUAAAAUUACUCUCACUGGAAAGUUGAAUGAGCUAGAUGCAAAAUCUGAGGAGGCUGAAACUGCUAAAAAAGCUUUAUUUGCGAAACAUCCUGAUAUGAAAAAGUGGCCAAAGGAUCAUAGUUUCCAGGUGUACAAAUUGGAUAUUGAAGAAAUAUUUAUGAUCAAUUUCUAUGGUGGCCCUAAGCCUCUCACAGUUGAUGAAUACCUCCGUUCUGGAAUGAAUAAAGUAACAGCUAUUAUGUGAAAAAACCAGUGCGAAUUCAUGUCUCUGUCACGAGUUUUAUGCCACAUGAUGAGUUUUAACUCGAGAACGUGUAAUUUGUUGAAAUUUCUGUAAUAUAACGAUUCAAAUUCUAGAAUUUUUGUAUGUUAUGGUUCAUUGUUUCAAGAAAACAAUGGAAGUGUAAAUGUAAACUAGUCAUUGUUGAUCAUAUUUUGGUAUGUUGGUGAUGGAAGAUCGAUUAUUCUUGUUUUGUUAUUGUGUAUGUUGAUCUAUGAUGGAUG